AUGGCCGGAAUAGCGUUCGACCCGUUCCAAGCGCUUCAAGUUUCGAGAGACGCCUCGGGAAGCACCAUAAAAGCCCAGUUCCACCACCUUGCGAGAAGGUACCACCCCAAUCGACACGCUGGCUCCGAGUCGACAAAGCAGACCCUGUCCGACCAUUUCCACCACAUCCACGAAGCAUGGAGGCUCUUGGAGAAGGAAGAGAAUCGGCGGCGACGAGCAGAGCUGUUAGCUCUGCUCGAGCUGCAGGAGGAGAUGCAUGCUCACUUCAUGGAUCUUGUUCAUGAGGCUGCGGAUCAAGACGAAUCGCUUCCCGAUCCUGGACGGAACGAAGGGCACAUGGGCGCUGACAACGAUGGAAACAUAUCUAGCGAUGCCGACGAAGACCUGCCGUCCAUGGGCCUGGCUCGCAGACAGACAUUCCUCGCUCGCAACAACCGUGGUGCUCAACAUCUCGGUGACGAUCCGGAUCCCAGCUCGCCAUCCUCUGUGACGUCCCCUACAAGAAAGCAAAAGCGGUUUCACUGGCCGAAGCCGAUUACCUCCUCGAAGCCAAUCACGGCACAAUCACAGAAGGACUCGGACUACUUUGCUGAACGGCGCAAGAAAUUGCAUAAGCUUCGUAAGAAAGAGCUCGAAGCUUUCAUCGACUAUCGAGAUGCCAAGGUGGCUGUCUUUGACGCGGAAGAGGAGGCCGAGAGACUGCACGAGGUGUACGAGGAAGCCAAGUGGAAACGGGAAUACCUCGAGAGAGCUCCACGUGGCAUGUCGGAGCGUAUGCGUUCAUUCGCAGCCGCGAUGGGAGCUGUGACGGCGUUCCACGGCCACACUCCACGGCAGCGGAACCGAUCGAGUCUAAGCCAUUCGAACGCGACCCCUGUAUCCGGCCCUGGCGAAGGACCGCAGUUCUUGAGACCCGAACAUGCAAUCACUCGUCAAAAGACGAUGCAUAAAAGAGGCUGGAGCAACGACAUCAGCGGUGAUCAGACAGAUAGUGAGGAUGACUCGGGCGAUGCCUACUCCUAUGGGUCCAAAUCGUUCGUGGCAUCUGCAGCAUACUGGCGCCAUGAUUCGAGACGCUCAAGACACACUUCGAGAGACACUUACCGAAAGCCCACCAUUGAUGGUCCUCUCGAGCAGAUAGAUCAGCUUACAGGGCUCCCAACAGCUGUAAAGAUACUGAUUAGACAGCCCACGGAUUUGACUGCAAUUCGAGAGGAGCGCAGCUCGAGUGGGGAUACGCCUUCAGUCUCGUCUCGCGAACCAUCUCCAAAUUACCAGUCUACCGGCAUGGAGAUGUCCAGAUUCACGAUGCUGCCCUCUCCUGGCACCGCCGCCGACAUAUUUGGGGUUCCGCCAGAACGACGGUCACGGUCUCCAAGCCCUUUGGGUCAUCGCCGUUCGCUAUCGUCGUUGUCGACUAAAUCUAACGGCCACGAAUUACAUGCCGAUGGGUGCCAGUUCGAGACCAAGUCAAUUGGGAUUCCGCAUCACCACAACAUCCCAAGGGAGCAUGUCCACAAGCUGAACGGCACCGAAAAGUCCAGAUUGCUCGGUGUCGAGGCUUCCACAGAGCUUGAUCCGAACAUGCUGCUCGCGCGACUCGCUUCCAUGGACCCCAAGGUCGCGGAAAAGUUUGAGGUCAAGCAAGACAUUAAGGAGAGCUUCAACUUUCGCCUGAUAUACAGCAAUCAAGCACCUGUUCGUACACUUCACCAGUCCUAUAUAGCACUGAGCUAUCGCCGCAAAUUGCAAGUUGAGAAGAAUGGCUCGCACUUUACGCUACCUCUCGAGCCAGAAAUCUUUCAAGCUGUAUGGGAAGAACGCCAAUCUGAGGCCGAAGGCCUCUGGAUCGAUCAGAUAUGCAUCAAGCAGGAGUCCGAUUUCGAGCGCACUGUGUCAAUGUCUGCAAUGGAUAUGGUCUACCGCAGUGCACGGCGAGUCAUAGUGGCUCUUGACGACAUAGAGCUCGACUCUUUCGAAGGCGAGAUCCUUCAGAAGCACAUGGACGAGUACAACGCCAUGAACCACGUUGCGCCAAGACAGCGGUUUCGCCGGAAGCAGCCGCCGUAUUUGGAAAGCCACGAGACUAUGUUCAAGAUUGUGCGGAAGAUUCUCAGGUCUUCCUGGUUCAAGCGUGCUUGGUGCAGACAUGAGAUGCGAUUGGGCAAGCACCACAUCUUUCUAAUCCCAUGCAAACGGCCGGGAACAUGGUCAGGCCGCGAUGUGUUGAGGUUCAAUGGCAAAACUAUCGCUCAUCUACUGGACCUGUCGACCGAAGUGCCUUUUGAGUCCGACGUCGAAGCUGUCAAACCUGCACUGCAUGCGUUCUUCCGCGAUCGAAGCAAGAUGGCUCCAGACGAGACGAAAAUGACUUUACACCAUGGCAACUUCUCGACCGUGGUUGCUGAGGUGUUCGAUAUGGAGGCCGGAGGCGAUCCUCGUAUCCCAGCAGAGCAGAGACUCGCUGACGCGAGAAAGGACAAGAUCGCGAUCAUCUUGAACACCAUGGAGUGUGGCCUUGCAUUGCACAAGGACUUCCGAGACCCUAAGAAAAACCUCUCGCCGAACGAAUGCUACCACGAUCUCCUCUUGCUAGGCUUGGCUGCACAAGAUCCAGGUGCGUUGUGCUCUGUCGGUGCGCCUCUGCCCAUCACAUCACAUCGUACUUCAUGGCUGUGCGUUCCAACGGUAGCAGAUUCCGGGUUGAACAACUCCAAGACCUUGCCUCGUCUUCCGGAGAACGCCAGCUUCAUCAUCAACACAACAGGCCCAGAACACCACUUGGACCUUGACCUCAAGUUCCUGAGUCCGAUGAAGCCUCUGACUGACGUGCGAGCUAUCCCAGAAAUCGGGUCUCCCGGCCUUGCCCACCACUUCGUCGGCGCGAGUCUAGACGAGCUCCGUCCCAUCGAAGACGCAGAAACGAUGAAAUUAGCUCGCGACUUCAUACAAGUCUGCAAUGAACGGCAUUGGGGCAGGAACCGGAAACGCUACCUCACAAAGGAUCGAAAGGCAAACCUGCUCUUCGGCCCCAUGACCGAGGUCUAUGUGGAAACUCUGGCCUGCGUUUUCCAGUGCGGACCAGACUGGAUGAGCGACGUCGCUCAACGCUACUCCAUGGGCCGUUGGAAGGUCGACUUGAAAGGCGCUUGGGAGCUCCUGAUUGCACUGCAGAAUACACGCGGUCGAUGGCCGGCGGAAGCGUGGAGUGAACGAGCUGCUGGCUUCGUCAUGGACUUUGUCAACUUCCUGGUCAUCCGCGGGCUGCCGCAGCGGCAGGUGUCCAAGCCGGAAAAAUGGCGGCCUCUCUGGGUUCCGACAGAGGGCGAUGGGAAAGUGCUCACCUUUGUGCCUAUAGGGAACGAGAACAUCCGAGCAGCGAUACCGACGGUUUUGGUGAAUCCAGAGUACGUCCAUCUGGCACGACUAUGGAUCUUGGAGCCGAGACCUGUGCCCAGAACGAAUGGCGCCUCGGAUGUUGUAUCUCAGAACGAGCAUUGGACUCUCUUGGGAAAGUCGGUCGUGUUCAGCGACGAGAUUUCGAUCGGUUUGAUGUCGGAAUAUCACGGCGACACGAAGCGCCAGCAGAGGAUUUAUGGUCGCAGUCGACCGCACGCAAAUGGUGAUAUUUGA